AUGCAAAACGUGAAGGUGCACGUGCACUACGAGAAAUGGACGGCGUUUAUUGGAUUCACCGUUUGGUACCCUCGGCUUCCAAUUACGCUGUGGCUACGCGAUCCAGUGCUGAACUCGAUUUCUGGCUGGCCGAUCACUGUCUGGAAGAUCCUACAAGGUGAACGACAGCAUAAAGGGGCUGCUAAGCAAUUCGCUUGCGGUAAUCGUUUCCAGCAAACUGAGCUUCGAGUGUUCGCCUCAUUCCAAGUAAGCGAUGAACGCACUGGUGAACGAAUGUAUCUGAGCGGUCAUCGUGAUAUCAUGUUCGACGUCACUUCGCUUGCUGCCGACAGCAUUGUGAGCGCCGACCGGUCGAUAGCGACAAUUCGAAAUUACAAAAACCGAGUAAUAGUUCAAGCCGUUCAGCCGGGUGAAACGAGGAUCGUGAUCAAAGCGCAGACGCCGAAUAUCGACUUUGGCAGCACGACCUUGGUGGUAUCCGCUGAAACGGUUACAGUAACGAGGCUCACGGCGCUACCCAUCGUUGAGAUGAACAUCAACAUCGAGCCGACGGCCGGGAAACGAGCGCAGUACGACGUCGUCACCACGCUCGAGACGACUUUUCAGCAUCGUUACCAGCAUGGCAGCUUCUUCUACCAGUUGUACUACUCCGACGACAGUAUGGAAUUUUUGGACGACGUCACGGUCACCGAUUUCACCCUCACAUCGCAAAGCUCCGAUGAGCGCGUAAUCGCCUUAGCCCACAAGGUUCAGAACGGAAUCGACAUGAUAGCUCUGGACGAUUUGUCCGACCCGUACAUUCAACUUGAACUUCGCCCACCGGUUCACUGCACUGACACCGACGUGGCCCCAUUGGUGAUGUUGCAAGUUCCGUUGAGAGUUCAGUUCGACGGAGUGGACUCGAGCCGAUUAGCGGCUGCACGAUUCUCCACGAACGCCACAACUCCCACCCAAGCACCUGAGACGACCUCAGUCUGGCGGAUGGACUCAGUUCUAGCUUUGAUUCUUGUGUUGAUUCUCUUCGGAAUUGUCAUUAAAUUCUUCUCGAAAAGGGCUACAAGCUUCAGAGGAUAUGAAAAGCUGGUUGCUCCACUUCUCUCUCGACUCUCGUCAUCGUCAAGCGGAGGUGGACGAGAUGAAGACUCGAAGGAAUGGGUCUGGCUAGGGAAAGCCAGAACUGACACAAACAGUAUAGUUAAUGCUACGCUCAGGCUCGCGCUAUUCUCAGAAGUCCACCAUACACGCCGCCGAGCAGUCGUCACCGUCCUACGACGAGAACACCCAAACCAGCAUCUCCUAUCGCGGUUCGGAGAUCAGCGUGUUCAUAUCGCCGACGCCGGUCGUCACUGUACAUGCGGACUACGAGCCGCAGUGCGGGGGCAGCUGGCGGUCGAACGGCAAGGCGAGGACCCGGGCCGCUCGUCAUGCUCUCAUCGAUUCGUCGUCGGACCACAACCUCGCCAGGGUGGUUGCCAGAAGCGGCUCAUGGAGGGACGAGAACGCAUGGCCAAGCAAUACAUGGAAUUCUAA